AUGUUUGAAAACAUGGGUCUUGCACUGGAUGAUACAUCCAGCAAAAAACCCAAUAAAAUCUUUAAAACAAAAAGUGAACUACAUCAUUUUGAUGAAAAUAACAAGAAUUUAACAAAACAAAGUGAUAAUUAUCGUGUUGAUAUUCAAUAUUUUUAUAUUUUGUUGCCGUAUUUAAAAAAGUUUAAUCCAAGUUGUGGUUUAUGUAUUUAUCAAAAAUAUUUUGGAAGACGUAUAACAGCACCAAAUGGUUUAUUAUUAAAAUGUUGGCUUGUAUGUAAGGGUCGUCCUUCCUGUAAAUUUAGCUGUUACGUUAGUGUACAAAAUGAUAGACAUUGUUAUAUAAUUGUGACAAACAACGAAAUAAAACAUCGUAUUAAACAACGUAUUUGUCGUCCAAUUCGUGCACCAAUUCGCAGUUUAUUAAAAGAUAAAUUUAAAGCUGGGGCGACAGUUAAAAAACUACAUAACGAAUAUGCUCGAAAAAGAACAGCAUUGGAAAAAUCUGCAUUUAAUUACGAUGUAACCGGUUCGACACAAAAAACAUUUAAAAAGAUAAAAGCCGAAGCCAUUAAUGAUACAUUAUUAGAUCCGAAUGAAGAUGAAGCAUUAGCAAAAUUAACGGAAAAUUUGAAAAAUGAAAUUAACAAUGAUGGAAAAGUACCAGGUGCUGUACAAGUUUAUAGUAAAACGCCUGCACAUGUAAUUGUGUACACGGAAGCAUCGAUACGAUUAUUCAAUGAUUUAUGUUCUUCAUCAAAUUCAGUCAUUUCAUGGGAUGCAACGGAUCGUGCCCAAGUGUUUCUCCAAGGUGCACUAGAAGUAUUCAACCGCGAAAAUUAUAAAGAAUUCCUAGAUCGUGCAUAUAGAAUUGUUAACGGUCAAGCAAAACCAGUUGAUCUUCAACAAACGAACAUACAUGCUUGCUUAGCACACAUAAUGCUCCAUCAACGACAACUCGUGAAUAAAUUUCUGGACGUCGAUCUAAGAGAACUUGGCAUGUGGUCGAUGGCAUUGUUAAUUAACACUAAUAAUUGGAAUGAAAUGAAACAAAAUUGGGCAUUAGUUUGUACCGUAUUUAUGAAUUUUUAUACAAACAAACAUGACGAUAUUAAAUACAAUUAUUUGCUAGAAAAGAUUAGAAAUUUAGAAAGUGAUCCAAAUUUAUUAUCAGCGAUAAAUAAUCAAAGAACAAGAAAAACAUCAAAAUUAACAACAGCAUUAAAAGGAACAAAUGAGAUAGAUCAAUACGAAUUUAACGAUGAGGAUACUUCGGAGGACUAUAUUAUCGAUGAUGGUGUUUCUCAGGAUAAUAAUUAUGCAAAUGCAGUCAUACAUCCACAAGAAUUACGAAAACGUGGUAACGAUAAGAAGUCUUUGACCAUAUCACAUAUUGAAAAGCUUGUUCGGUUGGCUGUGAAUGACUCUCUUCGAAUAUAUGUUAUUGAACAUGGUACAUUAGAUAUCGGUGAAGAUUCAGCAGAACAACUUCGGAUUCGUAAUUCAGAUUUUUCAACUGCAUUAGAAAAGGUUCAAUCAAAGCCAUCAGACUUUUAUAAGGGUGAAACAAAUGAUAUGUGGUUAUUAAACAUUAUUAUUUUUGAUUAUACAGAAGGAUCACAUCCAAAAGUUUAG